AUGACGUCACUUUUCAAGCAACUUGAAACGCUCUCGUCGAAGUCUAACAAGGCAUACAGUCGCUUCCGAAGGUCAUAUGCUGGCAGUGAACAUUACAACCGUGUUUUGGUUUGUGAGAGCUGGGAGUAUAUAGUGAACUUGGACCAUGCUUUUUUAGAAUGUGAAGGUCUAUUUCGGCGUUGUCUAUCGGAUGUCGGUCCCGGUGCCGUAGCUGUUAUGGCUGAACGGCCUUUAAGCAAUGGUGAUUCUUCUUAUCCAGUGGAUUCCGAUGACCAUGUUACAAUAUGUGAAUCCUGUUGGGAGAGUAAGGAGAUUGACUUUAUGGUAGAAUCAGAGUAUGUUGAAUUCAAACGUGUGUUACAACUUUUUCUGGACCUGGUUACACCGUGGCUUUUGCAUGAGCCCUGCCAAUCUCUGAUAAGUUAUCUUAUAUAUCAGUAUGAACUGGCUACACGUUUCGGAGAGAUGUUAAUUUUGUCAUUGCUGCCUAUACAUGAAAGCUCGUAUUUUCUCACGAUAGCCGAGCUUGUGACCCUCCCCGAAGGCAGCGAGGUUGCAUAUUAUUUACCUGUCAAUUCUGCCAGCAAGCACAAUUCGGGUGAUGCAGCUUCUACCCAGGGCGUGUCACGUGCUGUGAUAAUAGCAGGUACAGUGAGAUCUUUCAGCAAUUAUAAGCAGAUAAGUGAUACUGCGGAACGCAUAGCGUUAGUGCGUCAACGUGGUGGAGCUUAUGUACCACUUUAUGCUGUUUUAAGUGUUGCUUUUAUAGAGCAAAAUCGUGGCAAGCUUGGUGAUACUGAGGUUCGUAUGUUGUUGAACGGUGCCUUUUCAGGUUUAAAACAUCCUGAGAAUGCCGCGUACUAUUCUGCACAGCUUUGUAUUUUGACGAUGUUAUUUGCGACCGUUACUGUGACCAUUUCUGUACAGAAAUCAGUAGUGACAGCAUUACUGGACCCUUUGCUUUCUGCAAUGUGUGAGGAGGACCUGCCUUCGUUCAACUUGCGUUUGAAAUUGAAGGAUAGCUUGUUCGUUCUGCUUGGGAUGUUUAACCAGCAAAAGUACCGCUUGGAUAUCCUCCCGGCGAAUACUACUCGUUUACUCCUCAUGGCAUUACACAAGUUCCCUACACUUGUGAACAUGUUCCGUGCGACCGGCGGUUCGUCAGAGUCGUUGGACUUUUCACGAUUGUGUAAGGUGUUGAUUUCGUCGGUAUUGAAAGUUCGCGGGAGCUACUGUCCCAAGCAUAUGGACAAUGUUCCAUGCAGCAUACAAUGUGAACUUGUAGACUCUCUUAUCGAUUUCUUCUUUCAUUUGGAUCAUUCGAUAUUGUACUUGCGCGUGAUGCUCUAUACAUUAAUCGACGACUUGGUAAUAUUUUCGCUAUCUUUUCAGCAUGGUGAUUCGCUGAUCAAAUGGGAUGCUCAACACAUGAGUGUUUUGUUGAACUCAAAUUAUGAGGAAAAGCUUUCUGUGUACAGUAUGUUCUUCCGCAAACUUCAUUCGAUAUCUCCUUCUGUUUUUGAAGAUGUCCUGCGUAGGAUUCUGCAAUCACCAGAUCUUGCAUCUGAUUUUUUGCCAGUGUUUAUGAUGAUUUGUCACAGUGUGAGUCGCGGUUGUCCAGUUCAUUUUUCAGUACUGGUGCACCGAUGUUUGGGCAAGCCUCUGGAUACUGAUAAGGUCACACUACCUAAAUCUGUGACUUCUGACAACCUUAACUCAACUCUUAUGCUGUACACGAAUGCUAAGCUACCUUCUAAGUCUCGACUGGAGCUUUAUUCCAUGAUAUCAUCCGUUGUGGACGCUGACAUAUUAUCUUCUGUGGACCAUAAUGUGAUGCAUGAGUUCGUACGCGUGAGUUUAGCAGACCACGAGUGUAGCACUCUGUUUUGUGCUGAUAGACGUCUGGUUACUCUCCUACCACCUUCAAUGGUUGCUGAUGUUCUAAUAAGUCACAUUGGCUCGUUGCUUCCAAGUUCGGGGUUUUCUUUUACUAUCCCCGUUCUGUUGAAAAUGAAACACAAGAGCGCCUUGCUUGACAUGGGACCUUUCUAUGAGAAAUGUUUCGAAACAUUGCAUCGUGACUCUGUUUUAUCACGGCAAUUGUUUAGUAGUCUUGGGCUAUUCUGCGAUAUUUACAGUCGUGCCUCUGGCAGUGAUCGUGAGUCGAUGCGUCGUGCAUCUCACCAUUUUCUAUCGCUUCUUCGUCAAGUUCAUGUAAAUCACAAACCAUUGAAGGCUGGAAAGAAGGGUGUGAACCAUGCCGAUGCAGCUGCUAGUUCAGCGAAUGCCGAUGUCUCGGGUGCUCCGGCAAAUCAUGGUUCAUCUCGUCGCUUGAAGAAGUCCGUGACGGAACCAAACCAUGUCUCCGAUACCAGCCCGAAACUGGGUGAUAUUUGUACUACGUACUUUGCAACUUCAGAUAUAUCCGACUGUCUGAAUUACAGUUCUACAAUGUCCCUUAUGUUUGGCAUUUUGGAGUUCAUGGUGCGUAUUUCUACCGCUACUAUCUAUGUCAAUACGUCAUCAGGGGAUGAUUGUGUUACCACCACGGAUGGUAAUUCCCUCCUCUUUGGUAGCGACUCCAUAUGGUUCAACGAGUGGAUCGUUUGUUAUGGCCUUUACGAAUCAUCUGAACUUUUACGUCGGUCUACUAAUAUGGGUUCGGCUACUGCUUCAACUGUGUCGACUGACGAUAUGGAAGAUGGGCAUAGUGAAUCUUCACCACCAACUGGAGAUGACCUGCCACAGUUACCCACCAUAUUGUCUUCAGAAGAGUACCGCAAUUUGUUUUCAUUGACUUUGGUUGUAUUAUGUUACGCCAUAAAGCUUUAUCGCGGUUCGAUUAUGCUUGGAGAGUUAACAUUUAUGUUUGCACGUUGCAUUUUCAAGUUCAUGACUUUCCAGUCUCUGAUGUGCUAUGUUCCAAUUAAAUCCGAGGUUGAUUCGUCGUCUGCAGCGUUGGGCAUAGAUAUUGAGAAGAUUCUGGAUAGGGACUCAUUGCUGCUUCAUACGAUGCUUGCGUUAUCCAGUGAAGAUUUCACCACCCUUUUCAAAGAAGCGUUGCAAAUGGCUCCCAAGGCUGUUUUACCAAAUAUAUCUCUUUGGUUGAAACAUUAUUUUGAGUUUGUACGUUUUGUGCGCAGCGCUGAGAAUCGCCCUGGUAUGCGUUUGGACCUGUAUGGCAACAUCAAGAGCAGUUAUGUGGAAGUAUGCCGUUCUUCAUUUACUGUCUCAUCGCACGGCGUCUUAGGUGACAUGUUACCAUCAGGUCUUUUGAUGUUAUCUGAGCUUCUGGAGGGCCGAAUUGACGUUCCUGAAUUGCCCCAAUCUGUGGUCAAUAAUUACGAGGGUGAUAUCUCUACGCUACGCAUUCCGUUCGUAUCUCUACUAGAUCUCGAUGGUAUGAUGAAAAUGUAUAGCCGUUGUAUGGAUGUCUUAUCAUAUAUGAUUCCUGAGUUAUUGCGUCUUAAAGCAUUUAACAAUUCUUGUUUGAUGUUGGAUGUUAUGGUGAACACCUUAGAGUUUUUGGUUGAUAAAGAUCCCCAGAUACGUCGAUCUGCCGUUUCUAUGUUAUCUCGAGCCAUACAAAGCUAUGUCGAUACCCCUUGCAAAGCUCCCGUUCGUCUCGUUAGCGUUUGUGGUUAUGGGUUAUCGGCAGACUACAGUGCAGCUGUUGCUGCAUUGGACUAUCCCUUUAAGGGUUUCGAGAAGUCAUUGAAGCGUCUAUGCAGUGCUUUAUUAUCGGUCAAUGCACCGUUUCCGAACGUUAUUUUCACUAACCAACUGUUCGGUCAUUGUACCAGCGAGCCUAUAGUGUUGUCAUUGCUCCUUUAUGGCUGCGCCUAUAGCGGCACGACCUUACAGUUUAACGUUGAUGUCGUGCGACGUAUAUCUUCUUCGAUAUCAUCGGAUAACUCUGUUGAAUCUUUGUCAUCUGCUCUGGUUGGAUUAUUAAGGGUCGUGAACGAACUAGACUGUCAUUCGCAAUAUCAUCUAAACUCCUUGUUACGUUUUCUGAUUCUCUUCGCUUCUUCUGCUUCCUGCAUCACAAUCACAGAUUUACGUGGGAAGCAUGGAUAUUUUGCAUCAACUGUAUGUCCAGCGGUCUUUGAUGCUUUAGGUCGAUUGUUUGAUCGCAUGUCUGACAUCAAUGAGUCUCUACAAAAUGAUGUACGUUCUAUUCGUCAGCUUUGUGGUUUGUGCAUCUCUAUAUGCACAUUGGCAUGUUCUGGAAGCGCAUUUUGGUCUCUUAAACCUGAUAUUCAUGCUGUAUUUUUCGAAUCUUUCGAUAGGAUUUUUGGAUCUCUCGACGUUACCACUCGUCGUUCAUGUCUGAAAUACAUAACAUCUGGUUAUGUCAGUACCAAGUGUGGUGUGAAGCCAUUAGCAGCGUUAUUACCUAGGCUACAUUCAUGUAGCGAUCAAUUGGCUGAGAAGUUAGUUAUGGGUAUCGUUGACACCGCCCCUACUGGCUUACUCUCUGAUAUCUUCAGCGCCAUUUUACAAUACGAAAAAUCAUCUAAAGGAUGGUUCAAGAUGUCAUUUAUAGUAUUACAGCGGUUUGUAUCUUCAGGUUAUUUCAUAUCAGAGCCUAACAUGUCAUUAAAGGGUGUUGGAUCUUUGUUGGAUGGUCUGUUGAAGUUGCACAAGACAGGUGCAAAUUCUGACGUCGUGAACGACGAAGAUGUAUCUUCAAUGUCACACCUAUCACACGUCCAAGUUUUCAUAAGUGACCUUUACCGUCGUUUUGUUAGCUCUUUGGAAGCUAUGGAUAUUAAGGUGUUGCGUAAGGUCGAUACUGACAUAUCUCGUUGUUUACGAACUUUAUGUCAGUUUUACGGAUCAUCAAUGUUAGAUUUCAUCCGACCGUUUCUUUGCAAAAUGUGUAUUGUGAAGCAUUAUCUGGAUUCUAACAUCGACAUCGGUCCUGAGGGUCCCCCUCCAGAUGUAGUUGAUUCUCGUAAUGGCAGCUCGCAUGCUACCAAAAUACCUUAUUCUAGCGCUUUUAGCUCGAUUUGUCAACUGUUAAUGCCAAUAUUCGACUCUGACAAAAGCUCAUCGACUAUGCUGCGGUUUGUCGAAUUGUGUCUGGUUCUGUCUGGGGGUAACAUUGCCACUGUAAAUCGUACCCUUUCCAAGAGCGCAGGUGGCCGGUUGCAAGAUGCAUCUCGGGAUAAGUUUGUAUCGGAGCUAUCGGCUGCAUAUGAUGAAUGGCUUGGUUAUGGUAUUUACAGUUGCAUUACCAUUGGUCGUUUGGAUUCUUCUUCACCUAUUCUCACUCGAUGUAUCGAUCUUCUAAAGCAAUCUAACGACCCGGUGGGCAUUUUGUCGAAACUUUUGUUUACUUCAGUAUCUUCAUGCUGUAAUGAGGAUCCUAACAUACCUCUGUGGAUCCCACGUAUGGAUGUUCGUUGUUUAGGUCCGAGUAAACAUCUGGAUAUUGCUUCUCGAUAUGAAUCGACCUAUGUCAUUUACAAUUUUAUCCACAGCUUAUUGGUAUCAUCUCCGGAACUGUUUGAGGUACCAAUAUCUGCUGAAUGUUUCGUCAAUUUUAAGUCACCUGGUUAUCAGAGGUACCGAUCGGUAUCUCUUCUCUUACAGGGUGCAUGUUUAUCUGUGAUAUGUUUCAAAAAUCAUGGCGAUACUGCGUCACUAUCUGGUUUGAGUAAGAAGCGUAAGGGUCUGGUUGGUAUUUGUGUACCUAAUUCCGAUGAUACCGCAACGAGUGACAGUUACGUCUCUUCGAUCGUUAAGAAAGCUUUGGAGAUUGACGAUUUGGUAUACACAUCAAACCCUCGAGAUAACCACCCUAGAUUAGCUCUAGGUGCAUUAUCGUUUUUUUCGGGUCUAGAUAGUGACACCGUAGAUGGUAAUUACUGGAGCGUUACAUGUGGUUUGGACUUUACUAAGCAGCCUUGGGUUUGCGAAUACAUAUCUGCAGCUACUUCGUCUUUGUGCAAGAGCUCUGGGCAUAAAAUCGUAUUAGGCAAGCGCGAUAUGGUAUCUUCUGACAAUAUGAAGUUUAGUAAAGAGCUUUUCACUACUUUUAUGAGGUUAUCAAAGGUGUUUGCGGACUUUUUGAUGAGCACUGGAUCUUGCAUGGUUUCUAAGAAGUUGGAUGAUUCGAUAUCUCUAUCGAUUAAUCGAUGUCGUAAGGUUAUAUGGCGUACUCUGCUAGGGUUAUCUUUGGGUUUAUCUGGUGUCUAUACAGGCCAUUGUUUUUCACUGGCCAGGUCAAAUGUUGAGUUUGUGCAGCAGCAUAAAACCCUUAGCCGUGUAUCAGUCUUCGAUUUUGUUAACACUGUGAAGUUAUGUAUCAUUUUGAUCUCCAGUUAUGAUGUUUCUUCAGAUGAUAUUGACAUCGAGUUCGUGUGCAGUUUAGCACGUUCUCUUUCGAAGUUUACGGCAUACAUGGUUGAGCGUCAUCCUCACAACAUUAACCUUUCGGCCUGUUUACUGACGUUAAUGUUGCUGCUACGUCGUUCGUUUGGUCGAUCCACGGGCGACGAGUUUUUGGAGGCUAUAAUGAAUAUGUUGGUCUUUUUCAGGUGUCCGGAUCCUUUGGAUGAAAGUUUCAACAUCCCUUCUGAGGAUUCGGUAUUGACUGACACAGUUUUAUCUUGUGCGUGUUGUGAUAUAUUUGAUGAAUUACUACAGUGUAAUUCUGAUAAAGUAUCAAAGUCGAUUGUUAGCGGUAUGGAUACAUGUUCAUUCACGCGGGCUAUCCCAGCACGUACGGUAACCCUUUUAUCAUUUUAUGCAAGUGUGAGUUGCAAAUACUACCACCUGUUACGUCUCGUGUUAAGUAUCGAUUUUACCAAUGUGCUUAAUGCAAUGCGUGACGGUGGUCGUUUGAUGAGUCUUGUUACUAUAAGUCUGCAUUACAACCGUAUCAAAUCUAAAUAUGUUAAAGAUCUUGACCGGUUGUAUUUUCUGAACGCCAACUUACUUUCUGACUUCGAAAUUGCAUCUAUAGAUGCUGCCCAUCGCAAAGCUCGUAAGGCUGCAAAGGAAUCUUCAGUUUCAACUCAGCAAUCGACACCUAAUAACACCUCUACACCGAUUGAUGUUAUGGACAAGAGCCCAUUUUUGUUUGAAUAUUUGGAUAAGAAUAAAUGUUAUCCACGGUUAGAGUUGUCAUGUCGUUUAUUUAGUGAGCGUGAUUUAUCAUUUGGGAGUGACAUUGGUGUGAAAUGUUUCGAAGACUUGGCUAUAGUAUUCGCUGUGGAAUACUUUUCUAAGAUCAAGCCUAGCGAUGUUGUUGAGGUAUUAUCGGGUCACAUUGGCAUCCUUAACCGUUCGCAAGGUACGGUGCGUAAUAUCAAGUCGACUCCGCAGGACAGUACUCGUUUAUUGUUGCGCAUCAUAGUUUCUACUUUGAAGGAAUACGGUAAUGUUGGUGUGACCCAGUUUGUACUACCCCGUGUUUAUGACUUUUUGAAUUCGGUGCUCAACUCUACCCUGGACGAAUUGUGUCCUGUUGUCGUGGCCCCCAAGACCAAGACUUCGCGUUCUUCAGUUAUUCCUCGAUGGAAGUGGUUCGCCAAUGCAAUAUUUAGUUUGCGUGCUGUUAGUUUAAGUGUGGAGACAUGGGACUCCAAGCAAGCCUCAUUGCCAGACAUGUGCCUUAACACAUGGCUCCCUACUCUUGGAAGGGCUCUAGACGUUUUUGAUUUCUUAUCUGAUGAUUAUGAGCUUGAAUCAUGGGAGAUUGCUAUAGAGACUACAUUUUUACAUUUGGUGGUAUCAUGUUCAAGUGAGGCUGAGCGUAUCGAGCGUGUACUAUCUGGUGACCUGGUAUCUCGUUCAGAGAGUUGUAAACGCCAUAUUCUACGCAUCCUUUUAUCUUUAUGGAGUAAAGCCAGUUUCCAUCUAGGAUCUACUGUUGUCAACAUUAUGCCAGUGCUUGGCGAGCUUGCUGACGACGACUCUCCUGAGGUACAGCGGCUUACGGAGACACUGAACGAACGUAUUCAGUCCUUUUUGAACAUGAGCUAG